UUUCUGCUGAGUAAAGACCAAUUUUAGAUGGCAAAAACCACAAUAAAGUGGAUUCAUUCACCGAGCUUCUAUAUUCUGUGACGCAAAUUCACCCCACCAUACCAAAACAGCCAAUACGCUCAACAACGUUUGGGUCCGCCCCUCCUUUUUACUUUAAACAUCUUUUUCAACUCACUCAUCUCUUCUUUCCCCAACACCUUUCUACAAAGAAUUUCAAUCCUCAUUAUACCCAAUAUACCCAGAAGAGAUUUCAUAUAAUACAAUCGCAAUCAUGGGUUUCACAGACGUUGACAGACUUGCUAUCAACACCAUCCGUGUUCUCGCUGUAAGUAUUUCCCUUUUCCCUCGGGAAUUUGCCCCGCGAUCGUAUACUGGAAGCUUUUCUCCAACCCAGCAUCAAAAUCUUCAAAACAAAUACUAACGUCUUAUUUUCAAGGCCGAUGCUACAGCUAGAUCUAACUCCGGUCACCCCGGAGCUCCUAUGUGAGUUCUGCAGAGUUGUUGGCACAUUAAUAUCUGUUUGCUGAUGAAGGUAUUUAGGGGAAUGGCACCAGUUGCCCACGUUCUUUUCAACAAGAUCAUGAACUUCAACCCAAAAAACUCAAGCUGGGUUAACCGUGAUAGAUUUGUUCUUUCGUAAGUCAUAGCCGUUUCUUAACCCAAUUGACUUCUCUGCGCAUCGAUGUCCUUUGAUACUUGAUGCCUACGCAUUUGAAGAAGCAAGGUUUAUUCGGAGGGCUACAAUCAUCAUACUAUAUGGAAAAUUUAGAUUUGGCAUGACUUGAUUCUUAAAUUUGUGUUGCUGCCAAAGCAAUCUUGGAAGAGGGUUCGAAGUUCAGAAGCUAAUUGUCCGCAAAUCACAGUAACGGACAUGCAUGCAUGCUCCAAUAUGCCCUUCUCCACCUUUACGGUUACAAGUUGUCCAUGGAUGAUAUUAAAGCUUUCAGAGUCAGUAGCCCCGUGAAAUGAGAUACUGACACUCAGCUAAUUUGUUUCCUAUCCAGUCGAUAGAUAGUCAUACUCCUGGUCACCCAGAAGCUGCUGAUACGGAUGGUAUUGAGGUCACCACUGGCCCUCUGGGUCAAGGUAUUGCCAACGCUGUUGGUCUCGCCAUCGCACAACAACACGCAGGUGGCGAGUUUAACAAGCCCGAAUUCGAGCUCAUCAACAACUAUACAUACUGUUUCCUCGGUGAUGGAUGUCUGAUGGAGGGUGUUGCCAGUGAAGCCUGUUCCAUGGCCGGUCACUUGCAAUUGGGCAACCUUAUUGCUAUCUACGAUGAUAACCACAUUUCCAUUGAUGGUGACACCAACGUUGCUUUCACUGAAGAUGUCGUAAAGCGGUUUGAAUCAUAUGGAUGGCACGUCGAGACUGUCACCGAUGGUGACAACGAUUUGGAAGCAAUUGAGGCUGCUAUCAAGAAGUGCCAGGCCGUUAAGGACAAGCCUUCCAUGAUCAAGCUCAGAACUAUUAUUGGUUACGGAUCUAAGCAACAAGGCACUCACGGUGUCCACGGAUCCCCUCUCAAGGCCGAUGACAUUAAGCAACUCAAGGAGAAAUUCGGUUUCGACCCCGAACAAUCUUUCGUUGUCCCACAAGAAGUUUACGAUAUUUGCCACCAGCGCGCAGACCAUGGUGCCGCUUUGGAGCAAAAGUGGAACGAAUUGUUCGACAAGUACGGCCAAAAGUACUCUUCUGAGGCUGCCGAUCUCAAGCGCCGCUUGAAGGGAGAGCUUCCAGAAGGAUGGGAGAAGAACCUACCAACUUAUUCUCCAUCCGAUGACGCAGUCGCUUCAAGAAAAUUGUCCGAGAUCGUUCUCCAAAAGAUUCACGAGGCUAUUCCAGAACUUGUUGGUGGUUCAGCAGAUUUGACUGGCUCCAACUUGACCAGAUGGAAGGAGGCCGUUGAUUUCCAACCCCCCGCUACUGGUCUUGGUGAUUGGUCUGGACGAUACAUUAGAUAUGGUGUACGUGAGCACGCUAUGGGUGCUGUCAUGAACGGUUUGGCUGCAUACGGAACCGUUAUUCCAUACGGUGGAACUUUCCUUAAUUUCGUUUCAUACGCCGCUGGUGCAAUCCGUCUCUCUGCUUUGUCUCAAGAACGUGUUAUCUGGGUUGCCACUCACGACUCAAUUGGUCUUGGUGAGGAUGGACCAACUCAUCAACCUAUCGAGACUUUGGCUCAUUUCCGUGCUCUCCCUAACUGCAUGGUCUGGCGCCCAGCUGACGGAAAUGAGACCAGCGCAGCUUACUACGUUGCAUUGACCUCCAAGCACACUCCUUCUAUUAUCGCCCUCUCCCGUCAAAACCUUCCUCAACUCGAGAACUCCACAAUUGGUAACGCCAUCAAGGGUGGUUACGUCGUGCACGACGCUGAGAAGGCAGAUAUCACUCUUGUUUCCACUGGUUCUGAAGUUGGUAUCUGUGUUGAUGCUGUCAAAUACCUCAAGGAGAAGCACAACCUCACAGCACGUGUUGUCUCUAUCCCUUGUUUCGAGGUCUUCGAUGCCCAAUCCAACGAGUACAGACUCAGCGUUUUGCCAGAUGGUAUCCCAUCGUUGUCUGUUGAAGUUAUGUCAACCAUGGGCUGGGAACGUUAUACCCACGAGCAAUUCGGUCUCAACAGAUUUGGUGCCUCCGGUGCUUACAAGGAUGUUUACAAGGUAUGUUCUCGCAUUCAAACAAAUUUAGGUUUUACGAACACUGCUAAUUCCCAUUCUAGAAGUUCGAAUUUACACCAGAAGGCAUCUCAAAGCGCGCUGUCGCCACUGUUGAUUUCUGGAAGGAUGUCCCCAACAUCCGCUCUCCUCUCAACAGAGCUUUCAAGCAACUUAUCUAAAUAUUUUGAUAAAGUUUUGCGUUUGGGUAUGGGGCAUGUAUGAAUAAUGCAGGUCAUAGGUGUAGUCCGCCAAAUAGACUAUGAAAAUAAGCAAAUGAUUUACGAACGAACCAUUGAGGUUUUAUAUAUGCAUCUGUGUUGCAUUGGGCUUUUUUUGAAAGAUAUUUGUGGUCCAAGCUCUUCCGCCUCGGUAUCCCAGAAUACCCCUCUUUUCGCAUCUACAUAUCUAAUCUCCCC